AAAGGCCUUUGAUCUACAGUGUCAUCUUCUUGGCUAAGACAGAGUUGAAGCAAAGGUUGUUUCUUAUAUUACCAUUUUUCGCCAAUUUAAGAGAUUUUAUUUAAGGACUGCUAUGAUCAGCAUAACCGUUUUAUCUGUCGCAUUACUAACGACAUGAAAGAUCGUUUGCGAAGCCAUUUUUCUGUAGAGCGAGGAUAAUUAGUUAAACGUAUCGUUAAAAGUUCUUUGUGACUAGCAUAUUCAUCAAUAAAUUCUCCUUUCACUAAAGCUUAUAUCUUUUUUUUAUCGCCAUCCGUUGCCGUGGUAUUCCAAUACACCUCAUCUCUAUGGUUAUAUCUGAAUACAUUCACAAUCAUAGCAAAACUGCAUUGCCAUAUUUGAGAAUGGUUGGAAAUUCUGCAAAGUGACGUGUUUUCAUGCUGGAAAUGGAAAUAAUAGAAAAUUCUGACUGACACUCAUAGAAUGAUACUUCUAAGGCUCUCCAAUUAGGCCAUGCCUUUUAAGAUGGGAAGAAAAUCAACCAAGUCUAGAUCAAGCAGAGGUAGUUCAAGACGUUCCGCUAAGGUGGCGCCAAUUGCAAUGCCUCUUCAGCCAAUCAAAUGCUGCCAAAGAAUCGCACCAAAAGAGCGCCUUUUCUUGGAAGCCGCCGAACGCGGUGACAAGCACACGAUGUUCCGGUGUCUUCAGCCGCCAAUGCCGGUGAACGUAAACUGUACCAAUAUGUUAGGACGCUCAGCUAUUCAGAUAGCCGUAGACAACGAAAACGUUGAGAUUGUUGAACUCUUAUUAAAACAGAAUGGUGUCAAAAUUGGGGAUGCGCUGUUAUAUGCUAUUCGUGAAGGGGUGUUCAAAAUCGUUGAAAUGUUAAUAGAUCACCCAUCAAUUACGCCAGACAUGCUUGGAACUGAGUGGUACAGGUCAAAAUAUGUCGGCGAAAUUGGCGAUUCGGAAGAAAGCAAUGACUAUUCGCCAGAUAUAUCACCUGUUAUAUUAGCAGCUCAUUGCAACCAGUUUGAAAUUCUUCAACUUUUGCUCAUGAGGGGAGCGGUUAUAGAUCGUCCCCAUCAGUUGUCUUGCUCAUGCCGGAAAUGUCAGGAGAAAGUCACCGAAGACGGCCUACGUCAUUCUUUAAGACGUAUAAAUACAUACAGAGCUCUCGCAAGCCCAGCUUGGAUCUCUUUAACCAGCUCAGACCCCAUUCUCACGGCUUUCAAACUGUCAUGGGAGCUCGAGAAAUUAGCACUUCGUGAGAAUGAGUUUAAAGACGCGUAUAUAGCCUUAAGCAACCAGUGUAAGAAAUGUGCCUGUGAUCUGCUGGACCAAUGUCGAAGUAGUGAGGAAGUUAUUGCAGUGCUAAACAGAAGGAAUGACAGCGACUCAGAUAACGAGGAAUGUGAUGGUAAUACAGAAGGUACCAUGGCUCUUUCCAGGCUUAAACUAGCUAUCAAAUACGAGCAAAAACAGUUUGUUGCUCACCCCAGUUGCCAGCAGCUACUUACUAGUAUCUGGUAUGAGGGUCUGCCCGGAUGGCGGAAGAGAAACACCAUAUCCAAAUUCACAAUAUGCCUAGGUCUGUGUGUCAUGAUGCCAUUCAUGGCAUUAUACUACUGGAUUUUCCCGCUUAGUAAAAUCGGAAAGCUUCUGAGAACACCGUUCAUGAAGUUUUUAUAUCAUAGCGCGUCAUUCGUAACGUUUCUGGUUUUAUUGAUGUGGGCGUCAACAGAGAUAAACAGUCUGAAAGACAGAGAAAACCUUCGAGGACCUCCACCCACAACGCUAGAAUGGCUGGUCUCUAUAUGGGUAACAGGAUUUAUAUGGUCAGAAUGCAAGCAGUUAUGGGAAGAAGGACUAAAAGCCUACAUCCGGCAAUGGUGGAACUGGAUGGAUUUUAUCAUGCUCUCACUCUAUCUCACGACCUUCACCUUGCGAUUCGUCGCCUUUUUCCAGAUGGAGUCUGGGAAAUACGGCCCGCGGGAAAUGGAGCGCAAGAACUGGCCGCUUUACGACCCUACUAUGGUGUCCGAAGGACUAUUUGCGGUAGCGAACGUGUUUAGUUUUGCGCGCAUUAUUUUUCUAUUCCAAGCUGAUCAGUAUUUAGGACCUCUACAGAUAUCACUGGGAUGCAUGUUGAUUGAUAUUGCGAAAUUCAUGUUGAUAUUUUUCCUCGUGUUGACAUCGUUUGCCUGUGGCCUAAACCAACUGUAUUGGUAUUAUACUCCAGAUGCCGGAAACCCGCCUUCAUUUUACACUUUAGAAAAUAGUUACCGGACAUUAUACUGGUCAUUGUUCAGUCUGACCCAACUUAAGGACAUAAAGAUCAAAAAUAGUCAGUAUUUUACGGAAACUGUCGGGGAACUACUUUUUAUGGUGUACCAUACCAUGGCGGUGAUUGUGCUCAUCAACAUGCUAAUUGCCAUGAUGUCUAACUCCUUCCAAGAAAUUGAGAAUCACGCAGAUAUGGAGUGGAAAUUCUCAAGGUCAAAAUUAUGGAUGGGUUACUUUGAUGAAGGUUCAACACUUCCGCCGCCUUUUAACUUGGUUAUCAGUCCAAAGUCUAUCUCUUAUUUUCUGAGAGCGCUGAAGAAUUUCUUCUGCACGUGUUGCAAGACGACGCCAUUUAAAAAACUUCGACGAAAAAAGUCUGCAGAAGAUGGCGUUAAGGGUUUUAAACAUUCAGAAAACUCAGUUUUCACGACGAGGGAAAGUUCUUCUGUAAACUUAAACAACGCAACAACAGAUAGCUAUAAAACGACGUCUAACGGAGAAGCAUGCCGGCUCCGACGACUUAUGAGUAAGCACGUGAUGCCAGAUGUUAAAUAUGCGGACAUUAUGCGACGCUUAGUUAGUCGUUAUAUACACCAAACCAAGAAACAGCGACGUCAGGAUGGAGUCAACGAGGACGACUUGUUGGAAAUUAAACAGGAUAUUUCGAGUUUAAGGUAUGAAAUACGGGAGGACCGCAGGAGGGAAAUUUUAAGAGCAGAAAACCACCUAGAGACGCUACGAAAAGAAAUCAUUCACUCCAUAAGGGGAAGCUUUGCUAGCCAGACAGACCAACCAAGUUACCCUAAUCUCCAUCCCAACUGGAGCGGGGAUUUUAGUCAAACAGGUCCCGCGAGAUAUACUCCAAACGACCAGACAGGACAUGUUAAUCCCACGCAGACUGAUGAACAUCGCAGCACACAAAGAAAAUUCAAAGAUACUUUAAUUCGUAAUCUGGAAAACAUAUCACAUGGUCACACGCCUGGAAAUUUUACAUCGGCAAAAGUGGAAAGCUACCUUUCCCAUUUGGGAGACAGUGUUUCCUCACAAACAACAGAAACCUUUCCACUUCCGAACCUGACCUCUGACCCCUACAAGUCACAUUCCGGCGAAGUCUAUGCGCCUAGACCAACUUCUUAUUUUAAUCGAUAUUCCGCAGACGCCGAGGACCAUCCACCAGACAUAGAAACUAGUUUCAACCAACCUCGACAGAAAAUUUUCACCCAAGACGAUUUAGAGUCAAUUAAACUUGAAGUUAUUUCGUCUCUAAAAUCAGAAUUACGGGAGUCGGCACGAGACGUUGCUAAGGAGCUGCUUAGCCACUCUCCUGCAACAAAUGCGGUUCCAGAUCUUUACUCCGAACUUUACCAGACACACCUAUACACACAGUUGUAAGUCAAACCAACCAGACAAAUCUAGUCCCGGUUUGUGACUUUAGUUACCCCACUUGGCGCUCCGGGAGUAGAAAAUUCCUAUACAUACACUAAAGCAGUAGAAAACGUUUGUAUAUAGACGUAAAUAUGUAUAAAGAUGUACAAAUCACCAAACAGCACUCUUUUAAACACUAAAGUUAUACAAAUCACCCCUUUACAUGCACGCAUAAUUCCCGUAAAACGCAUAUGAAAACGCACUUUAAGACUUAAGCAGAACAAAUCACUCCUUUACACACAUUUAAGUUGCACAAAUCAACCAUUUAUAUCAUUUUAAGGAGACAGAACCAGUCAUCCCCUCAUACACAUGUUUCAGCAACUCGAAUCAACCUCGUAUACUCGUAUAAAGCAGUAAAAAUCACUCCUUUAUACAAAUUUCUAAGAAGUUCAAAUCAACCCUUUCUACACAAAAAUAAACCCUUUAUGCACAUUUUAAGCAGAUAGUUCAAAUAAACACAUUGUUAACAUUUUGAGGAGUACAAUUAAGCAAACCAAAUCAACCCUUUAUACACAGUUAAGUGGAACAAAUCAAAAGAAUUGCAAAUGGACAGUACCAUCAACUGUUAAAAGGGGUGCUUACAAAGAAGAUACUGACUGAAUGGCAAACAGUGCAGAUCAUGAUCAGACUGCAGAGAUGUGCAGUCUGUGUGCAGUCUGAUCAUGAUCUACACUGGUCUCAAAAGCAGAAUUAGACGUGUCCAGCAAAAUAAGAGUUAACACGGAGGCCUCUUAUGUUGCAUCAAUAUAGCUAGAAGUUGGGAAUAGAUUUUACAGUUAUAGAAAACGCAUUCAGACAAAGAAUAUGAAAGUUUUUCAAUCCGAGUUGCAUACCCGGAACAUUUCAUAAUCAUUCUCUCCGUGGAAUGCCCGCUUAAGUUUUGAACGCAUGUACAGUGUUGUAAAUUACAGUCAAACAUGUGUUAAAGACCACCUCUGAACAGAGACCACCUGGCUCUAAAGACCACAUGUUUUGUUUCCUAUUUUAACAAUUACAGUGUGUUUUAACCUGUGAAUAAAGACCAUCUCCCAAUAAAGACCACAUUUUAGCUCUCCCAGGGGUGGUCUUUAUAGACAGGUUUGACUGUAUAGUGUUCCGUGAUGCUAGGUGCACAUUGGUGAUAUUAUCGUUAUACUUAUAUACAAACUUGUUAAUUUCUAAUGUAUUAUUUACUUUGGAUAUGUUUAAAUUUGCUUAACUACAUCAUUGAAGAACUUAUGUACAUAAAUGAGUUCUGUUAAUGUCUGUCCCAGUGCAGUAAAAUUUAAGUAUAUUUUGUUCGCCAGUUAAUACUUACAUUUUGAAUUAUUUAAGAAGUCGUUUUUAUUUUAAGAUCAAAAUAUUUGCGUAUUGUUUUGUCUAGAAGAUCUUUUUUUGCAAAAAAAUUAUAUUUUUAUAUUUUUCAAUCGAUAUUGUUAUAUUUUAUAUAGCAUGUUAAAACAUGUUCCAAAUUUGUAUAAUGAUGAUUUUUUUUGCCAGUUUUCUUAGAGGAGACAUCAACUUUAUAACUGUGUUGCCUAAAGAGAAAGAAUAUGUUGAGAAAUAAGUUCAAAACUAUUAUGUCUUAAGUUUCCGUUGUCUUAAGUUUUACAACGCUUUCAUUAUAUAUUAAGUAUGUAUGAUAAAGUUUGUAUAAUAGAAACUUGGUCAGUCUAUUUUAUCUUAUCGCCUUCAGUGGAUUAUGCAGGUCCAGGAUCAUUUGGGUGCGUAAGCGACGAGUGCGAUCUG